AUGACGUGGAAAGUGGUGCCCGCAGUCAACCAAAUCAAUCUCCACCCGACCCUUAACCAGGACGACACCGUUGCCUAUUGUAAUGAAUUAGGUAUCUCUGUUACCGGUUACUCGCCAUUGGGCACCGGUAGUUUGAUCAAGGACCCAACUUUAACCGCUAUUGGCAAGAAACACAAUAAGAGUGCGGCUCAGGUAGCCCUCAGGUGGCAGAUCGAGAGAAAUCUGGUGACAAUUCCCAAGAGUGUCAACAAGAAGUACAUUCAGGAAGACUUCGAGAUCUUUGACUUCACUUUAGCUAAGGAUGAGAUCACAACCAUUCAUGACAUGAAGGCUUAA